GGUCGAAUGUGUCAAACAAUUCUCAGGUACAUAUAACCUCAAAAACGCGUAUUAAUAAUAAAUGUUAUUGUUGUGGUGGAUUUAAUCAUUUCGCAAGAGACUGUAAACUUAGGUGGAAAACUUGUAAUUAUUGUAAUGUAAAAGGUCAUAUUGAUAGAGCAUGUCUAAAAAAACAAAACGGAAUUAAUUUAGUCAAUGACAACUUAUUAGAAAAUGAAGAUUUGGAUAGUUCUGAUUUAGAUUUUUAUUAUAUGCAGCAAAACGAUUUUACUGAAUUUCAGAAAAAACGGUAGCUAAUUAUUUUGCAGCUAAGAAAAUCCACAAGGCAGAUAUUUCAUUGUCCAGCUAUGACAGAACAAAGUUGAAUGUAAUGGGCAUGUUGACCGAUCUUAAGGUGCAUUUCGAAGGGGUUGAAGCAAAUUUGAAAGCUUACGUUUUGGCAGGUAACGGGAAAAAUUUAAUAGGAAGGCAAUGGCUUCAAGCCUUGGGUAUGUGGCCGAUAACUUUUAAACCUCAGUUUACGUUGAAUUGCUUGAAUGAUCAUAACAGUAUUAUUUCACAUUUUAAAUCAAAAUAUCCCCAAUUGUUUGACAACAGCCCAGGUAAAUAUAAAGGUAAAUCUAUUAAACUAACUUUCAAAAAAGAUUAUCAACCAAUUCAAUGUAAACCUUAUCAUGUCCCUUUCGCUUUGAAAGACAAUGUAGAUGCAGAAAUCGAUCGUUUGGUAAGAAUAGGUAAUUUGGAACAAGUUGAGGUGAGUGAAUGGGCUACUCCAGUAGUUCCUGUGGUGAAAGGGGAAGGAGUUCGUUUAUGCGGAAAUUUUAAAUUAACAGUGAACCCUCAAAUAAUUAUUAAAAGAUAUCCAUUACCCUUAAAAGAAAAAGUAUUUCAGACGUUACAGGUAGGAACCAAAUGGUCCCAAAUUGAUUUAAAACAUGCAUUUAUGCAAUUUGAAGUUGCUGAAGAUUGUAGAGAUCCAUUGACAAUAAUCACACAGAAAGGUUUGUUCAGGUACAAAAAAUUGCCAGAGGGUGUAGCCUCCAGCCCAGCAGAAUGUUAA